AUGCGUCCAACUCUUCUAUUUAUCACUUGCCUGGCAGCAACGUCCAUUGCGGCGCCAACUCUCUUCGACCAUGCCUACGAUUACUCCGACGACAUGGCCUCGUUCCUAGGGAAAGUGAGCAAGCACAUCGACAAUCUCAUGGACAUCAUGGACUCUUCGACGACGUGUGAUGCGUCUAAAAUUGCGCUACCAUCCUUUGCCUCGGAGCUUCCCUCCCCAUCUGGCCUAAAGCCCCUUUAUGUUGCAGUAGGUCGUGGUACACAGAACUAUACCUGCGCGUCAUCCUCGUCCGACUCGAAGCCCGAAGCUGCCGGCGCCGUUGCCCGCCUCUACAACGCCACCUGUAUCGCGGCAAACUACCCCGACAUGAUCGAGAUGCUCCCUAGUAUCGUGUACAAAAUGCAGUUGCCGAACAACGACGUAGACGCUCUUCCCCCGGCAAAUAUUGAGCUGCUCGGUCAUCACUACUUUUCGGGCACAACGCCGGUCUUCAACUUUGAUCUUGCUUCGACGCGACAUGGGAUCGCGUUCACGAAGAAGGGCGCUGAGAUCGAUGCCCCGUCUAGUGCUGUCAAGGGAGGCAAUGGCGCCGUUGCGUGGCUCUAUCUGCCGACUGUCAAUGGGACGGUUGGUAAGUUCAAGAGUGUUUAUCGGGUGGAUACGGCGGCGGGACAGGCCCCGAAGACGUGCGAGAAUAUGCCGUCAGAGUUUACGGUGCAGUACGCUGCCAACUAUUACUUCUUUGAGAGGAGCCAAUUGGAGCAGGGCUUGCCCAAGUCAGGUGACCUCGCUAUCCGGGCCUAA